UUUCUCUUCCUGCAGUGCCUCUGGGUUUUGGGCUGGGUAGUUACAGACUAGUAAUACAUGGGCUGAGGUACAGUUGGACAUCUGAUAAAGAACUGGGGCACUUCCAUGGACACUAUGCCCGGGGAUAUCAAUCUUUAUAAUGGAGUGGGCCCCUCAUGCGGUGGUGCAGGAUGUACCAUUUCUCCAUCCCGGUGAAACCAACGUGCUGAACCGGCUGUGCAAGCUGGGGACAGAUUAUAUUCGCUUCACAGAAUUUAUUGAACAGUACACAGGGCAUGUGCAGCAACAGGAUCACCAUCCCUCACAACAAGGACAGGUCGGCCUGCAUGGCAUUUACCUGCGAGCGUUUUGCAGAGGCCUUGAUUCAAUACUUCAACCUUACAGACAGGCCUUAUUAGAUCUGGAGCAGGAGUUUCUGGCGGAUCCACAUCUUUCCAUAUCUCACAUUAAUUAUUCCCUGGACCAGUUUCACCUUCUGUUUCCAUCAGUCAUGGUAGUGGUGGAACAGAUCAAGAGCCAAAAGAUUCAUGGCUGCCAGAUACUGGAGACUGUGUACAAGCACAGCUGUGGAGGACUGCCCCCUGUACGCAGCGCAUUAGAAAAGAUUCUUGCUGUGUGUCAUGGAGUGAUGUACAAGCAGCUUUCAGCUUGGAUGCUUCAUGGGCUUCUGCUGGACCAGUAUGAAGAGUUCUUUGUUAGGCAAGGACCAUCAUCUAAUUUAGCUGCAUCAUCUGAAGAAGAUGAUGAUGAUCUGGGCAUUGGUGGUCUGACUGGAAAACAGCUGCGAGAACUGCAAGACUUGCGUCUCAUAGAGGAAGAGAACAUGUUGGCCCCAUCCCUCAAACAGUUUUCACUGAGGGCGGAAAUGCUGCCAUCCUAUAUUCCAGUGAGGGUUGCAGAGAAGAUACUGUUUGUGGGUGAAUCUGUUCAGAUGUUUGAGAAUCAAAAUGCAAAUAUGUCUAGGACAGGUUCCAUCUUAAAAAACCAGGAAGACACAUUUGCAGCAGAGCUCCAUCGGCUGAAGCAGCAGCCUCUCUUCAGUUUGGUGGAUUUUGAAUCUGUUCUUGACCGAAUCAGAAGCACGGUAGCCGAGCACUUGUGGAAGCUUAUGGUGGAGGAAUCGGACCUACUGGGUCAGCUCAAGAUUAUUAAAGAUUUCUAUUUACUGGGGAGAGGAGAAUUGUUUCAGGCCUUCAUAGAUAUUGCCCAAAAUAUGCUGAAAACUCCACCUACUGCAGUAACUGAACAUGAUAUAAAUGUAGCCUUCCAGUUAUCUGCACAUAAAGUUUUACUUGAUGAUGACAAUCUCCUGCCGCUGCUAAAUCUGACAAUCGAUUACCAUGGAAAAGAACAUAAAGAUAUGUCCCAGCCCCGGGAAGGUCCAUCUCGUGACACAUCUCCCAGAGAACCUCCAAUAUCUGGAUGGGCUGCACUUGGACUCUCCUAUAAAGUGCAAUGGCCCUUGCAUAUUCUCUUUACACCGGCAGUGCUGGAGAAGUACAAUGUGGUCUUCAAGUAUUUGCUGAGUGUGCGCCGUGUGCAGUCAGAACUUCAGCACUGCUGGGCUCUUCAGAUGCAGAGAAAACAUUUGGAGUCUAAUAAAACCGAUGCUAUCAAGUGGCGGUUACGUAACCACAUGGCGUUUCUGGUUGAUAAUCUCCAGUAUUACCUGCAGGUGGAUGUUUUGGAGUCUCAGUUCUCUCAACUCUUGCAACAAAUUAACUCAACGCGGGAUUUUGAGAGCAUUCGCCUGGCGCAUGACCACUUCCUAAGUAAUCUGUUGGCACAGUCUUUCAUUUUGCUCAAACCAGUUUUCCACUGUUUAAAUGAAAUCUUAGAUUUGUGUCACAGUUUUUGUUCAUUAGUCAGCCAAAACCUGGGCCCCCUGGAUGAACGCGGAGCUGGGCAGCUAGAUAUUCUUGUGAAGGGAUUUAGUUGUCAGUCAUCACUUCUAUUCAGAAUUCUCUCCAGUGUGAGGAAUCAUCAGAUCAACCCAGACCUGGCCCAGCUCCUGCUCAGAUUAGACUACAAUAAAUAUUAUACCCAAGCAGGAGGCACACUUGGAAGUUUUGGCUUAUGAAGAUAACAUUACAAGGCCAGCAACAGUGAUCUUUAAUCCCAGCACUCUGAUCCAGUGAAGACAGACACCAAGAUUUCGCAGUAUUUGCUUUAUUUCAGUACAACACAGGUGGAGCAAAUUCUCUCAUAUUUACAGUGGUGAGGGAUGAUAUAAACAUGCACAACACAAGUGGGUGGAAAUGGCCUGAAAAGAACAUUCACAGCUUAUUCAUUGGCCCUUCCCCAUUAUAUUGCACUUAAUGUUUUGGGAGUUUUUUUCCUUCUUUAAACUAGAAUGUGUGUCAGUGGAUGUCCAACCUGCAGACCUUGUAACCACAGGAAUUGCAAAUAUUCUGUAUCACCAUUCCAAGAGUAUAUGAGUUGAACCCAUGUAUAGAUACAUUGACGUGUUUUAAUAGUAUAAAAAUAAGUGAACAUUUUUUUACUCAAAAAUGGGAAUUUGGAGUUCAAGAUCACAAACCAAAUCUGGGAUUUUGUUCACCCCUUAUAGUUUAACUUCUCCUUUAAUGCCCAUGAAAGGGGCAGUAUUUUUUUUUUUUUUUUUUUUUUAAACAAAUGAAAAAACUGUAAAAAAAAUAAUUGGGAAUAAAUUCUUAUCAUUUCCUUGUAUGCAAUAAAAGCCUCUUCUUCCCUAA